CGCAACUGACCUCGGGGCAACAUUCCCGCGGUCGAAGGGGGAGUUGCGCGCGCGCUACCGCUCUCUUAUAAAUCUUACAGUUCAGGGACUGCCUCGCGCACUUCGUAUGAGCGCUCGGAAGAGGUACUUGCAAGAUUUGAGAUGCCUCCAUACAUCAUCACAUACUUUCCCGUUCGAGGGCGAUGCGGUGCCAUGAGGAUCUUGAUGGCGGAUCAGGGUGUGGAAUGGAAAGAGAAAGUGGUGGUCUUUGACGAGUGGAUGAAGGGCGACCUGAAAGCCACCUGUGUUUUUGGACAGCUGCCCAAAUUUGAAGAUGGAGACUUGGUUUUGUAUCAGUCCAAUGCCAUACUAAGACACCUGGGUCGUAAACAUGAGGCUGCUGGGAGUGAUGACAAAGAGGCGGCUCUUAUUGACAUGAUGAACGAUGGUGUUGAGGACCUUCGACUAAAAUACAUUAAACUCAUCUACCAGGAUUAUGAUACUGGUAAGGACCAGUACAUCAAAGACCUGCCUGGGCACCUGUCAAAGUUCGAGGCUGUCCUGGCUAAAAACAAGAGCGGUUUUCUCAUUGGGGGCAAGAUUUCCUUUGCAGAUUACAGUCUCUUUGAAGUGCUGCUGAACCACCUGGUUCUCUGCUCUUCCUGCCUGGACACCUUUCCAGCGCUGAAAAGCUUUGUGGAAAGUAUGAGCGCUCGUCCCGGAAUUAAAGCCUUCCUGGAUUCUGACGCCUACAAGAAACUGCCCAUCAAUGGCAACGGAAAGCAGUGAUCAGCCUUCACGUAGAUUUCACCUCAAGACUGUGCAUUUGUUUAUUAGUCCAUCAGUUACAGCUACUUUUUGAGUCUGUUCUGCCGCUUUUUAUGUUUCUGACAUACUUUCACUUCUUGUAUGAAAGACAACCCUUGUUUGUUAAAAUAAAUUGUACUUGAAGGUAAA